AUGGUGACGAAAACAACUGUCGGCGGUGGCGGCAACGGCUGCACGACGGCUGCAGGCGGCGGCGGGAACAUUGGAAACGGAGGCGGAGAAACAACGGUGGCGCCAGCCGCUGCUGCGACGACAGCGACCUCGGUGCCGCAAACGGCAACCACCGUCGCCAAAACGCCAGCGAAAACCGGCUCGAACGCCAGCGAAGGAGGCGGCACGCCGAACGUUGUUAGCGGGGGCGGCAACAAGCCGUCCAGGGCCUACAACUAUCAUUCGUCCGCAUUCAAAGAAAGUCACGAACUGUCCUAUCUAAGAUUAUUUGCAGAUACGACAUCGUGA